GCGAUACGUCGCGGCUGGGAACACCGGCACACACAGCAGAGGACGUUAGCCCGCGCCCGGUCGCCGACGCGCGUCGCCCGCAGCCCGCAGCAGCAACCGUCUCGCUAUCGUGGCAGGUGUCCGUGAUGUGUGUAUCGUGAAGUUUAGUGACUUCCUGCUCGUAUCGGAUUGUUCUCCAGUGCUCACCAUGACUGAAUCAAUGAUGAAAGAAGAUUCUCUCUCAAGGAUCCAGAGGGAGAUAUACGAAGUGACGGAAAGGGAGCGCGAGUUCAAAGAAGGUCAUUUCAGAAUCAACAGGCUCCUGUCGGAAUCGACGAUCGACGUGAACAAACAAAACGGGCACGUCAAUGGAAAUGCAGAGUCGCAGAGGUCUCUCAACAGAGCGGUGUCGACCUCGCACCUGCUGGGCCCCGUCGGGCCCGCCACGCCCGCCGCCCAAACCACCCUCAACACCAACGGCUACACGCGCAGGUUCACUCCUCAAAACGGCACCAAAGGUAUCAUGCAAAGGUUCAUCGCCAACAAGGGAAAGUUGCCGGUCACCUCGCCCGCUUCCGCGACCACACCCACAGCUAUCGCUCCCCAACUGAUAUUUCCACCGACCGCCAUCACGCCGGUCGACACUCCGGCUGUCAUCACGCGCACGUCCGAAGGCAAACCCGUACGCAAGGGCUUCGUUCCCGUCGAAGAGAAGAUCCAAAAAGAAUUGCGAGAAAUGAAGGACAGGGAACAUGAAUUGAAAAAGAUGAGGAAAAAACAGAAACCUUUCGAUAUAGACCUGAGCGAUACCGAUACGACUUCGGAAUCCGAUGAGGAAGACAUACCUCUCCCUGGGAAACUGAAAGCGACGAAGUCUAUCGGUGAAUUAUACGAGGCGCUGAACGAGGAGCUGAGGUCGCCGUCGCCUAGGAAUAGUUCGGGGCAGGAGUCCUUGGGUAGUUUGAAGCCUGCGAAAUCCCUGGCGGAGCUUUGCGAGCUGGCGCCCGGUCAGGAGUUCCUCGCGCCGAGCUCCACGCGCCUUAUAGCGCAGUGGGAGUCCAUCAUCCAACAGAAGCAGGAAGCCGGAGCGGCCUAGUUGUAAGCUAAGGGAACGGACGCGUAAUGUUAGGGCGUGUGACGCCAAAGUUUCGUAAACGAAGCGAGCGGAACCUUCCGCGUGGACAGUGUCCGUCGCACGGCGGUGUGUGGCUCCGGCGGACUGUGGGACGGAGUGUACGGUUCGAGGUUCCAGCAAGCCGGAGCGGGACGAUUUGCCGAUCGAUUUCUUUCACCGAUCGAAUGUGGAACGAUUAAUUUUCUCCAGAACAAUGCAAAUGAUGGUUAUCCACGGCGGCAAUUAUGUUCGCGGUGUUGGAAAGCGACGCGGCAGACGAUGUGAGUGAGACAGUUUCUUCCUAUUGUUCGAUAUUUACAGCCUACUGAAAAACUGAUGGAGUUUUUGCGGCGGCGGGCGCUUUCCCGCAGUAUCGCACUGCCGCUGCCUCACACGAGGCGUGAGAACACGUGCGUCGGCUGCAACAAACCACAAGUACAAUGUAAAUAUUACAAACUAUGUACAUCUCACUUAAAGUUUCAGUCUUUACUCUUUCUACGUUGUUCGUGCUUCGCCAUUAUCGUUCCAAUUUUUAAUAUCGAUUAUUUUAGUGUUCAAAAUUAAGUCAAUCCUAUCUGCCCUCUGUCCUAUAAGUUAGUUACUUAGCAAUGUUGUUAUUAAUGAUUGUCAAAACUGUAUCGUAUUCUUUAACGAAUGACAACGUUGCUAAGUAACUUAUCGAUAGAUUAAAGAUAGAUUGAUUAUGCCGUUGUAAUUUAAUCGGGUCUAUGUUGUUAAUUUUGUAUGCGUUCGAGUCAUUCUCAAGAGUGUUUAGGACUUAUUUAUUUUUGGGGUUAGAUGUUGUUAGAUUAUGUCAUUGUUUCUCAACCUAAGGGUCGCGUUUCUUAUUAAAAGGGGUCGGUUCAAAAAUAAGAUGAGUUCAAGUUUGUAUUCAGUGAUUGAAAUCAUGAGCUUUGCACUCAAUUUUAGAACAGUUUUUGGCCGUUUUGCUUGGAAAUGAGUUAAGAUUUGUACCUAUUCAAUGGGCCAAAAACGUCGGGGUUAAAGAAAAAAAGUAUUUUGUAUCAGAAGUGUUACUUAUUCCAUCGCGUUUUAUUGAAAAGCUGACUGAUUGAUUUAUCGACGCACAGGUCAAACAACUAGACGAAUCAGGCUGAAAUUUGGCAUGCAGGUAGCUAUUACCUAUACCUACCUAACGUAGACAUCCGCUAGGAAAGGUUUUUUGAAAAUUCAAUCCCUAAACGGAUAAAACAGGGGUUUGAAAUUAGUAUCGCGGGGAAAAGCUAGUUUUACUUGUUCUUCUUCUUUCUUAGCCCCUAUCAAUCCAUUAUUUAGUUUUACACUGGUUACUUAACUUUUUGGCUUUUUCGUGGGUCGUGACAAAAAUGGUUGAGAAACAAUGGAUUAGAUUAUAUGAAUGAAUGUACUUACCGAAUUACUUACUUUCCUUGUUUAAAGCUAGUAAUUGCGUUCGCGACGUGCCCAGAGUAUCGCUCCGCAUACUUUCGAUUGGGUGCACUUAAUCGGCGACCGUCGUCUGCCGGCAUGUAUAAUUUGUAUAAUUCACAUUUAAUUAAGACUUACUUUCACAUAUUAUCCAUGCAGGGUGUAACCAGAACGCUAGCAAAAACGAAUACUGGUGGGAGUACCGACGAUUACUGAUUAGAUAACAUUAAAAAAACGUGUUUUUUAAAAGUUCGCAAAUAAAACAUCCGAGUGAAGCUAGAGGUCAACGAACGUUCCGUAAAUAGGUCACUCGAAGUCAAUGCUGCGUCGUAGGUGGGAUAUUGAUUUGAGUUUUGUUUGAUAAGGCAAAUGGUUAUUGGCAUUGGAUUGUGAUGGUAGUAGGUACCUAUAAUAAUAACGCUAAGUUUUUGCUAGAGUUUCUGGUUACACCCUGUAUACAUAACAACCUGUACUAAAUUCUCUAUGUAUUGUAAAAUGAAGCUGGAAUUCAUUGACUAGGGAUAUUUAUUAUUAUAUCGAGUAGGUAUAUAUUCUUAUUAAUUAGUAUUUAUUUAAAUAACUUUUAAAUCAUGAAUGGGAAUGCAUUUUCAGUGUGCAUUUUACAGGUAGCUCUUUUUGGCGUACCUAGGUGUUAUUUGUAUUUUAAAGUAUAAAGUUUAUUUUUAUGUAUUUUUUACCAAUAGAUGCAUUAUUGACAAGAUGAACAUCUUGUAUCAGACAAGUCCAAGAUGAAUAAAUACAGAUGAAAUUAUAGAAUGUCGUUCGUAUUGUAUUAAAAUUUAAAUGUAUUAAAAGAUAUUUAUAUUUUGUAGUAAAUAAAAUAGAUGUGUCAAAACAGCACUGUGCCUUAAACUAUUUAAUAAAGUACAUAACAAUACCUAACUUUAUACCUAAGCUGCACAAGUUAGAAACUCGUUUUACACUUAGUGGAUGCAUGUAUUAUUAUGUAUUUAGUUAUAUAUUUACAUAAUUACUGUCAAUAAUCAUGAAAUACAUAAAUAUACAUAAUAAUCAGUAGGUACAGCCAAUGAUAUUAUAUUAUACCAUAUACAUUAUAUUACGUGGCGUAUAAAAUCCUUUCUCGCUGAUGAUUAAGACAGAAGAUAAUUAAUAAUGCAUGAGAGUACAAAAGAUAGCUAUAUAUCCAGGAACGGGACUUAAAUGCAGUAGUUUUAAAUCUUCACUCUAGAGUCUAGACUUGUAUAUGU